AUGUCUCAAUAUUUCGGCGGAGUGCAAGCACUCUCCGGUGGCCUCGCCAACCAGGAGCAGCUCCGUCGAAACGCAAUAAGAAAAUUGGAAGCAGAGGGCAAGAUUGAGAAGGGUUCUUGGGAGAGGGAGAUGGCAUCGAUAGAUCACGAUGGCGUGGCCACCAAGAAGAAAGAGGUGAGCAAAGUCGAGGAGACAGGGAAAGAAUAUCAGGGUGGUAAGAAUGUUGGUGGACGGACUAGCACCACGGUGUAUGAGGCGCCAUCGACAUAUGAAUCCAAGGAGGAGGGCUCCACUGGAAAUGGAGAGGCAUCGACAGGUGUGAAAGAGUGUAUCGACGAGUAUAAGAAAUGUCAUGCGGCAGUGUGGCCAGAAGUACUAGAACAGAUCAAAGACAGCAAUGUUAGGGAUUACUCUAUAUUCCUCUCUCUCUCGCCUCGACCCACUCUCUUCGCCUCGUUCAAAUACGUCGGAAACGCGUUUGACGAGGAUAUGGCACGCAUGGCCGCCAACAAAAAGGUGCAAGAGUGGUGGGCCAUGACGGAUGGAAUGCAAGAAUCACCAGUUGAGGGGGCGCAGGGGAGCGCAAAGGGACCGGGAUGGUGGGGACAGACCGAAGAGGUGUUUUAUGUGGAGUAG